AUGCACGAAGUUGGUGAUUCGUGUGUUGCUUCUGCAACUAGUAAUCCUGGUUUCGAUUUGACAUCCUUCUUGUCUGGAGCAUUCAAAAUCGGAUGUGAUGUUGAUUAUAUGCCAGGAAUAAACGCUUUGCAAGCAGGAUCCCCUAAGUCGUCUACUCAGCCAUCUCCUACGUCCUCUGAUUGCGCAAUUCGGAAAAGGAGACGUGGCGAAGUAGCUAAUCCCGCUAAUACGUUAGAUGGUUUGGUUGCUCGCAGAGCUGAUGAUGGCCGCGAACCAUAUCAAAAAAGAUAUUUAUCUGAACAAGAAGCAAUUGAAGGUCCUGAUGAUGAACUGGAAAUGAAGAGAAUGGAGAAAGAUCCAGAUGUAUCAACACGUACAUGCAGUACUUGCGGAUAUCAAGGAAAAUGGGUUUCCGAAAUGAUAAGACAUAAACGAGUCCAUACCUCUGAACGUCCUUUCAAAUGCCGUUACUGUUCCCGGACCAGCAAAUGGAAAGCUGAUUUGAUCCGUCACGUAGCAAAAACACACGGCAUUCGCGUUGUUUCCAAGUACAGCCGUUCGAAAACUUUUGAUCCAUCAACUACAAAUCUAGUUAAUAGAGCUGAAGAAGAUAAACCAAAAGUAUUCGCUUGUGAAAAGCCUGAUCGACAACGUCAGCCCAGCCCUACUACAUCAGACAGUAGUUCAACUUCAACAUCUUCGGCUAAUAGUUCAACUAUUCUCCGUCCCGAACCUGUUGCAAAGUCUCCAUUAUCAUAUCGAUGUGUCCUGUGCUUGUUUGAACAGGAUGGUCUAUCAGUUAUGCUGAACCAUUUGCAUAAUGUGCAUAAUGUCUUACCUUAUGAGUGCCGUUGUGGAAACCAAUUCAUUAAUAUUGAUGCUGCCUUAGCUCAUGCUAAAGCUGAAAACUGCAACUCUGGAGAUCUCAUCGUUCACAUCACUCCUAUUUACAAUCGCGGAAAGACCAUGACAGCAUCCGUAACAUCUAUGGAAGACUUGUCUCCUACAGGUUCCAGCUCUGAUAGCUCGCCUGAAACUGAGCGCCAACUAGAAAUAGAAGAAGAUUUUGAAAGGAAUUGCCUCAAAUGCCCUUAUCAAACGAGCAGCGACGAUCAAAUGAGACGUCAUGAAGAAGGACAUCAAGUUCCGAGAACUUUUCUGUCAUAUAAAUGUGCCUUCUGCCCCUACUACUCAAAGAAGAAGACUGAAAUUGAAGUUCAUAUGCGUCUUCAUACGCCUUACCCCCAGCAAUUCAUGGCAUCUGUCGAACGCAACAUGGUGACUCCGCUUUCAUUAGGAUUAAAUACAUCUUCUCUGAUGCAACCACUCUUAACUUCUGUACCUGAAGCAACAACACCUAUAAGUACAACAUCCCCUUCAGCAUUAGACUUAACAAAUGCUUUGUUAGCAUUAGAUCGUCUUGCUACAAAUGGUAAUUCAUAUUUGGCAACAAUGAACUGUCUACUAUCCACUAUGACCAAUGGUUUUCAAAUACCUUCUACUGCAUCAACGAACAAUUCUGCUUUUACUCCUGUUGGAUCUUCAUUACUAAAUUCCAUAUCUCAACUCAAUACAUGUUAG